AUGUUUGACAGGACUAGGUUGUUAAUAACUGGACAAGUAGCAGUUGAAAAUAUAUCUAAAAGAUACGCUUGCAACCUGGGGAAGUUAUUAAUAAUAUCGUUAAUCUUGACUCAAGCUCAUAAUCCAGGAUUUACCCAUUCUAAAAGACAUUCAAACCAGUCAGGAUUAAUUGCUAUUUUUGGUAAUGACAAUGUCACUGGUUUUAAUAUGAAUUCUACAUGGAAAACAAAUGAUACGAAAGAUUGGGGAGAAUGGUCUCCGUGGUCACCUUGGACUCCUUGUUCUACAUCAUGUGGCCUAGGCGUCACCAAACAAACGAGGCAAUGCAUUCGAAAAUCAACUGAUGUACAAAGGAAUGUUUUUUACAAGAGACAACGUUUGAAACGAGUGUCUGACGCGGACAACAAAUGCAGAGGGCAAACAGAGGAAACUAGAUACCACGUGUGUAAUAAACAGUCAUGCUUAAAUAAUACCGAUUUUCGGGAAACUCAAUGUUCGUCGUUCAACGAAAAGCUAUUCAACGGUCAAAAAUACACAUGGUCAGCAUAUUAUCAAGCUACAAAUCAAUGUGCAUUGAAUUGUCGAGCAAUAGGAUAUCGUUUCUAUGCCACCCUAAAACCGAAGGUAACAGAUGGCACAUCUUGCAAUGGAACAGACUAUUCAAGACCUUUCAUAUGUGUGGAAGGACAGUGUAAGGUGAGUGAAUACUGA